AUGUGCUGGUACGCUCGGGUCACCUUCCGCUGCGGCUGCCAAACGACGCGGUCUCCCGUCGAGAUUCCCAACGCAGCAAAGGAGGGAUUCCGAUAUUACGGGGACUCAGAUUUUCUACUCCUGUGCGAAGGUGCAUCGAUUGUCAAUCAAUGUUGCCCAAAGUACGAUAUCUACCCACACCAAGGGUUUUCUACACAUGUGGAAGGGCUUUGCCUUGGCUGCCUGGCAAAAGCAUUUCAGCCGAAGCUGACAGACGACGGAGAUUACGUAUAUCAAGAAUGGGAAUUCAAAGACUUCUAUUCCGAUGAGCUCCCAGUCGAGGAGAAGCAGAGCGCCUUCCAUAAUCUUCUUAACUCCGAGCCUACGGAACAAACCGAGUCGGAGAAGCAAACCCAAACUCAGGAGAACACGAAGAAUGACACCUCGGCCACGACAUUGGCCAAGCAGUAG